AUGCUGUGGCGGAUGGGCGCUGUGCCGCGCCUCGCGGCGCACACUGGAGCCAGCAUGCGCGUGUACCGGCCUGUGUGGACCGAGGUGUGCCGGAGGCCAGCGCUAGGCUGUGUGAGCGCUACGCGCGUGGGCCUCGACGCGGCACGCCGGUGGCGCAGCGGCGCGCCGCCCAAGACGCCGGCACCGAAGCCGGCCCCUCCGGCUGUGGCGCUUUCCGAAGACAUUGUUACGCUGCCCAAUAUCCUCACGCUAUCGCGCAUAGGCCUAUGCCCAGUGAUUGGGUGGGCCGUCGCGACGCACCAGGCGCCCCUCGCACUGGGCCUGCUGGCCGUCGCGGGCAGCACCGACCUGCUGGACGGCUGGAUCGCGCGGCGAUACCAGAGCCGCACGGUGUUUGGAAGUAUCGCAGACCCGGCCGCAGACAAGCUGCUGAUGGCGACCAUGGUCCUAUCGCUGGGCGUGGGCGGCGCCAUGCCAUGGCCGCUCGCGCUGCUCAUCCUUGGACGCGAUGUGUUUCUCGUUGGCCUCGCCUUCUACAUGCGAUACCGCUCGCUGCCGCCGCCCCGCACAUUCGCGCGCUACUUUAACCCACGGCUGCCGAGCGUGCAUGUGACGCCGACGCGCGUCAGCAAGGGCAAUACGUUUCUGCAGCUGGUGCUUGUGGGCAUGUUGACGCUGCUGCCGCUCCUUCCUGAGGAAUGGCGCACGCAUCCCCAUACGCAGCGCGCUGUAACCGUACUCGAGUGCGUCGUCGCCGGCACGACGCUGUGGACCGGCGUCGACUAUGCCGUGAGCCGCCGCUCGGUGCGUUAUUUGCACGUGCCAUAG